CGCACACAUCGUCACUCAAACAUCCGCGACAUGUCCUUCCAACGUUCAUCGGCCCUCGAGUCCCAGCCUACAACAUGGCGACGAGAAGACGACCCCCAAUACGCCGAUGAUCCCGAAUUCCGCGACUUCUCUGCAAAGCUUGGAGACGAUCUCUUCUCCCUCACCGGCAGCAUCGCACGGCUAUCGCAAGAAGUUGGGAAGCUAGGGACGUCACGCGAGACGGAGCGGAUCAGGGAAAGGGUCAAGACCUCAGUGGAAGAGACAUCAGACUCAUUCAAGGACAUCGGCGAGAGGCUCAAGAAGCUCACCACUUGGCCUGAUGUUGGCCCCUCGCAACGAUUCACCCAAUCGAAACUCAGUCGCGAGUUCAAAGCAACCCUAACCGAAUUUCAGCAACUGCAGCGUCAAGCCCUUGAAAAGGAAAAAGCCUCAGCAUCCGCAGCAAGAGCAGCCCUCGAGGACCAAUCGUCGCCAAUAGAAGAACGACGGGGCUCCAGCCAGCAACAACUGCAAGAGCUAGAGCAGCCGCGGUUGGCCUCGCAGGAUGAAGUCGAUUUUCAAGAGCAAAUGAUCAUCGAGCGCGAAUCCGAAAUCCGCAACAUCGAGCAAUCUGUCGGUGAACUCAACGAGCUGUUCCGUGAUGUCGCGCACAUGGUCCACGAGCAGGGCGCUCAGCUCGACAUCAUCGAGGAGAAUGUCGAAGUCACGCAUGACGCUUCGCGCGGCGCACACGUCAAUUUGAAGCAAGCUAGCAACUACCAGAAGAGCGCGAGAAGCAAGGCCUGCAUUCUCCUUCUGAUCCUUGCCGUUGUACUGGUCAUCAUCGUUCUAGCCGUCGUGCUGGAUUGA